AUGAGAGAAGCAUCCUUCUGUGCCAGUCAGAGACUGAGCCAAUGUGUCAGCACCACCAGCAGCACCACAACUACCGCAACCACCUUCCCCAGUGAAGGAGUCACCACUAGCAUCACAACCAUCUCCUCCAGCGAAGGAGUCAUCACCGGCACCACAACCAUCUCCCCCAGCAAAAGAUUCAGCAGCACUACCAACUCCCCCAGAGAACAGGUCAGCAGCACCACCACCUUCCCAAUUGAAGGAUUCAUCUACAGCAUAUGGGACCAAGAGCGAAUAGGGAAGGACUCUAACUAUGAGCAGGAGGGGAAAGUGCAGUUUGUCAUUGAUGCUGUUUACUCAAUGGCCCACGCUCUACACAACAUGCAUAAGGAACUGUGUCCCGGGAAGGUGGGACUCUGUGCCAAAAUGGACCCCAUCAACGGCACUCAUCUUCUCAAGCACAUCCGCCGGCUCAACUUUGCAGGCAUUGCGGGAAACCCAGUGCUUUUCAACGCUGAUGGAGACGCUCCGGGACGCUAUGAGAUCUAUCAAUACCAAAUCCGCAACAAGACGGCCGAAUACAAGAUUAUAGGUCACUGGACCGAUCAGCUGCAUCUCAAUGUUCGCUCAAUGCAGUGGCCUGGUGGACUCCGUCAGAUCCCCACCUCUAUCUGCAGCCAACCCUGUCAAGCCGGGGAGCGGAAGAAGAUUGUGAAGGGCAUUCCUUGUUGUUGGCACUGUGAGCGCUGUGAUGGCUAUCAGUACCAGGCAGACACCUACACUUGUAAAAUGUGCCGCUUUGAUUUGAGGCCCAAUGAGAACCACACUGGCUGUGUUUCAAUCCCCAUUGUGAAGCUGGAGUGGAGCUCCCCGUGGGCAGUCAUCCCGGUACUUAUCGCUGUGGCGGGCAUCAUGGCUACACUGUUUGUGGUGGCCACAUUUGUACGCUACAAUGACACUCCCAUUGUGAAAGCGUCGGGUCGUGAGCUGAGCUAUGUACUGCUAACUGGCAUCUUUCUUUGUUAUGCAACCACAUUCCUGAUGAUUUCCUCUCCGGACAUUGGUAUCUGCUCUCUGAGGAGGAUCUUUUUGGGCCUUGGCAUGAGUAUUAGUUAUGCAGCACUCCUCACUAAAACCAACCGCAUCUACCGCAUCUUUGAGCAGGGGACCAUGUCUGUGAGUGCCCCCCGGUUCAUCUCCCCGGCCUCCCAGCUGGUUAUUACCUUUACUCUGGCUUCGGUGCAGCUGAUCGGGGUGUGUAUCUGGUUUGCAAUGGAUCCCUCUAAGGCCAUCAUUGAUUACGAGGACCAGAGGACGUCUAACCCAACGAUGGCCCGUGGAGUGCUCAAGUGUGACAUCUCAGACCUGUCUCUCAUCUGCCUGCUGGGCUACAGCAUGCUGCUCAUGGUCACCUGUACUGUCUAUGCCAUUAAAACCAGAGGGGUGCCAGAGACCUUCAACGAGGCCAAGCCAAUUGGCUUCACCAUGUACACCACCUGCAUCAUCUGGCUGGCAUUCAUCCCCAUCUUCUUCGGCACAUCACAGUCCACAGAAAAGCUCUACAUCCAGACGACCACACUGACCAUCUCAGUGAGCCUGAGUGCCUCUGUGUCCCUGGGAUUGCUCUACAUGCCUAAGGUGUACGUGGUGCUCUUCCAUCCAGAGCAGAAUGUGCCUAAGCGGACGCGCAGUCUGAAGGCCGUGGUCACCGCCGCCACCAUGUCCAACAAGUUUAACCCCAAGGCCAGCCUCAGACCCAACGGGGAGGCCAAGACAGAGCUGUGCGAGAGCCUCGAAACACAAUGUAAGAACAUUGCUAACAGUCAUGUCUAG